CUUCCCCUUGCUUUUGAUCUCUCUUUUGCUACUCACCUCUUUCUCUAUUUCUCUCUAUUUUCCUGCUUUUAAAACCUGAGAGCAAAGUACCUUAUUAAUCUGAAAGAUCUGCCGGCCAUGACGAAAGAAAGCCAGAUUCCCGUCGGGGAGUAUCUAUUCCGUCGUCUGCACCAGCUCGGUCUCCGCCACAUCCUCGGUGUUCCCGGAGACUUCAAUCUCAAUCUCCUUGACCACAUCUACAAUGUCCCUGACAUGCGAUGGGUGGGCACCUGCAACGAACUCAACGCCGCCUAUGCCGCCGACGGCUACGCACGCACACGCGGCAUACCGGGAGCCGUCAUAACAACCUAUGGUGUUGGAGAGCUCAGCGCGAUCAACGGUAUCGCCGGAGCGUAUAGCGAAUAUGUCCCUGUCAUCCACAUCGUUGGCAACACCUCCCGCGAUAUGCAGCGUAACCACGUCAAGAUACAUCAUACUUUGUGGAUGGAUGAAUGGGAUCAUACCACUUAUCAGAAGAUGAGUGAGCCCGUACGAAAGGACUCUGCAUUCCUCACGGACCCGGCCACCGCCCCCGAGCAGAUCGAUCGCGUGAUAGAGACCUGUGUCAAGACCCGCCUGCCUGUCUAUCUCUUCGUCCCCAUCGAUGUUCCCGACCUCAUGACCGAUUCCUCCCGAUUGUCCAUUCCUCUUGACUUGGAAGUUCGCAACGAGGGAAGGGAAGCACAUGAAGAUGAGGUUGUCUCUGAGAUUGUCCGCGCGAUCGACCAGGCUUCCAGCCCCGGUGUGCUCAUAGAUGUGUUGGUACAACGUCAUGUGUUGGUCGGUGACGCCAAGGAGUUGAUUGAACAGAUUAAUGCUCCAUUUUAUAUCACUCCUAUGGGCAAGUCGAUUGUAAAUGAAUCCGACCCUCGCUUCGCCGGAUUGUAUGGCGGUAUAGUCUCCAAUCCAUCGAGCGCACAAUCGCAGAUAGAGGGACACGAUAUCAUAUUACACGUUGGACCUUUCCCCGUCUCGGCAAACACCGGCGGAUUCUCCACUAAUCUCCCAGGCGAUAAAGUAAUCAAACUACACCCAAGUUAUUGCUCUGUUGGGAACAGAGUGUGGGAUGGCCUUGACUUUAGACCAGUGGUUAAGAAGCUGGUCCAGCGACUCAACAAACAGCCGUUGACGCGCAAGGCCAGCUCGGUCCCCAAAUGCCAGCCGUAUAAAGAAACCGCACACGUUGAUGAUUCCUGCGUCGAUGGCCUUGACCACAAGCGAUUUUGGGAUCGACUAAGCAGAUAUAUCCAGCCCAAUGACUUUGUGAUUGCGGAAGUUGGAACGUCGCAGUUUGGAUCUUUGGAUUUGAAAUUGCCAGAUAACUGUCAGUAUUUCAGCCAACUGUACUACAGCUGCAUCGGUUUCACGGUUCCGGCUCUCCUCGGAGUGCUGCUGGCCCGGAAAGAAACGGGCGCCGAGGGACGUGUCAUUCUGCUCGUGGGUGACGGCAGUCUGCAGAUGACGGUGCAGGAAUUUGGAACGAUCAUACGGGAGGGGCUGAAGCCGACCAUCUUUGUGGUCAACAACGCGGGAUACUCGAUCGAGCGUCUCAUCCACGGUCCCAUGCAGCAGUAUAACGAUAUUUCGACGCAAUGGGACUACCAGAAGAUGCUGUCGUUCUUCGGAGCUCCGAAUGCUCCCACCUACGUGGCCAAGACCUACGCGGAGCUUGGCAAGGUUCUGAACGACGAGGCGUUCAAGAAGGGCGACCGGAUCCAACUGCUGGAGGUUUUCUUUGACAUGCUUGACUCGCCCUGGAACCUGACUGCUUUGUUGGACCUGAAGGAGAAGAGAUUGCGCGCAGCAGCUGCGGCUGCGGCUGCAGCAAACGGGAACUGAGAGCUGAAAAGACAUGGUAACCAUGUACCCUGCCGUAACUGUACACACCCACGGAGAUGUGUAUUUAGCUACAUACAUACAUACAUACAUUAGAACCAAUAGAGAUAAACGAGCCCAGCUGCAGAC